AUGGAUCUCCAUAACUUUAGCAACAACAUGCAUAGCAACAUAACACUGCCACCCGCAACAACAACACCAGCAACAUCUACAUAUUUUACAUACAGCAUACCGGGCAUGGAUAUCACACCGGGUCCGGUCGCUUUUACCUAUGUCAGUGAAUUUUUAUCACUUAUCACACCAGCGGAACUGCCACUCGAUUUGGUGCGUCAGUUUUUGCAUACGAACCUCACGCUGAUCGACUUUACCAAAGAUGCGAUCAAAAUCGAGUCCGGCUUCUUGGCCAUCAUGAGCAUCUUUGCCAUACUGGCGCUUGUGCCGCUCAUCUCCACCUGCGCUUGGUGUUGCGGACGACGCGCCGAUCAGGACGAAGCCGAAUUCAUACGCAAUGCACCUGUGAACAUACAUGACGAAUCGCUACAACAGGCGUUGAAUUGUCGAAAGAGUGCGUCCGUGGUGACACUCUGGAUAACAUUCAUACUCUUGGCGUUGAGCGAUUUUUGCAUAUUUUAUGCGAAUAGCCGUCUAGCCGCCAAUGUUGAAAUGACGCCCGAAAUGGUCAAGUCGACUGUGCACGACAUGGAAGUAUUUCUCAAAGACACACACCUACAAAUCAAACAUAAGUUGGAUAAUGGUUUUCAUGUAGCUGUCGAAAAAGUUGUCAAAGAUUUGCAAGACGUCGAUGUUCUCCUUGGGGAGCCUAUCCAAGCGGAAAUUUCAGCACACACUGGCAUUGAGCUGGCAUAUGAUUCAUUGGCGACCAUCAGCUUGGCCAACGCCGAGUUGAUCUACCGCGUACUAAUGCUGCAGGAGACAGUGGGGCGUGCGUUGAAAAUCUCACAAGAGGCCGCCGCACGCAUGGAGGAACUACAAAUACAAUUGUCCGUGUUGCAACGUCAGUGCACUUACCGCGACCGGCCGCUCUGCGACACGUUGCGGAUACGAAGUUUUGAAGAGAAUGGCAUUAUUGAUGCACUCAAGACGCUGCAAGAGGACCAGACAAUCUUUCGCAUGCGUUACUUGGGCGAAAUUGAAUUUGGUGCAACUGUCAAAAAUUUGACAUCUGAAGUUGGUGUGUCACGUUCAAUUUUCAGUAAUUUCCCGCAACAAGUUAAGCACGACACGGCAUACGAACGGAACUAUACCCUCGAGCAGCUGGAAAGCAUACGUCAUCGCACCAAAGCCAACGCACAAAUGCUUACCUCCACGAUAAAUGCGUUGCUCGAACGGCUACAAGGCGUUUGGCCCACACUCGAGCACAGUUACGCGGAAUUGCAGAGUUGGUCUAACUCUUAUUGGACAGCAGGUUGGGUGGCUGCCCUCGUUAUCGGCUGGGUGCUGCUCUUCGGUCUCAUGUCCUACUGUUGCUUCCUCUGCGAGUCGAACGUCAAGGCUGGCGUGGUGCUGCUGAUUUCCGUACUGAUUAUCUGUUUGGGCAGUAUUUGUAUUACCUUCUAUGGUGUGCUGACACUGGCUAUUGGCGGAAAUACAGAAGUCUUCCUCUGUCGUUCGCUAUACGAUGAGGCGGCGGCUGGAAAUGGUGGCGCUGUUGGUGUUGCUGGUAAUUGGGGUAACAAUGCUGGCGAUGUGUCAGAUACAUCUACUUAUCACUUGUUGGGUAAGUUAUUCGAUAAACCAGGUUAUGUGUACGCGCAUGAACCACAGACGGGCAUCAUCGGCGAGCUGCUACGGCCGGAAGGUGUAAAUCGUUCGAUUGUGAAUGUUAGCCUCGCAACGGCGCUCAGAGGUUGUGAACAAAACCAAGCAUCGUACAAUGUCUUCCAACUGGAUGCAUUCGUUAAUACCACACAAAUUGCCGAUUUAAAGCAAUUCCCAAAAGUGACCACAGCCAUUGAUGCAAUCACCGUAUCCGAACGUACUAUGCUCUCGCUGACGCAGACCAUACAGAAUAUACUGGAGAAUAUGCUACACACUUCAUCCUUCAAUCUGUCCACAUAUCGGGUGAGCAUUGGUGCACCGACGCCUGAAAAGGACUUGGCUACGUUCAUCGAUCAAAUGCAAAGGGUGGCACUGCAGAUUCAAGACGUGGCCACCUCGUCUCGUAUGACUACGCUCGGCAGUCGUUCAAAGCGUUUACAGGCAUCAAUCCUACAGCCACUCGAACAGUUACAAAACGAGAUACUCUACCAUCUAACCGCAUUGGAGUUGCAACGCGAUCCCUGGGCCAAGCAGGUCAAUCAAACACUCAAUCACCUGCGAAACGUACAGGGUUAUUUAGAGAAGACAGCGGGGGAAAUUUGUAGCAAUCAAACGCGCGUUUAUACGGAAAGAUUGAAAGCCUAUCUGACGAACAGCAAAGCGACAAUGUCCUCGCAAUUGGGCGACACCACCGCCAAAUGUCGUCCAUUCUUCGAUAUCUUUGACGCGAAUCGCAUCUUCCUCUGUCGCAACAUUGUCGACUACAUCAACGCAUUGUGGUUCUUCAUUUUCAUUACUUUAUUGCUCUGGUCGGUUGGUACACCCAUUGGACUGAAUCUCAUUACGAUACAGCGUCGUUUAAAUCGUUUGCGACGCGCACAAAAACGCGCCGCCGAACGUUCGGAUAGUCGCAGCCGGCGUAGAGAGCGCGCUACUAGUUCAGCUACACGUGAGCCGCGCAGUGCAAGUAGCGCAAGUCGGCCUCCACUCCGCCGUACUGCUACCGAAGAGACGCUGGACAUAGCUACUGAAGAGUCACCGCCACCACCAAGACGUGAACAACGUGAUAUGCGUAGUCGUGAUCGCGAGCGUGAACGUGAGCGGGAAGUGAGCCGUGCGCGGGAUAGUGCAGCGGCCAGUACGCCAGCAGGUAGUCGAGCGCAAUUACGCCGCACUGGCACAGAUGCAGAGGAUAAUUGGGGUUCGUCGAGUGCAAGUCGUGCCACAUCGAUGGAACGCGAGGCCAGUCAGCCUAGAAUGUACACGAGUAGCAGUAGCGCUCAGCAGCAGCAACAACAACAGCGGGGUGCUAAGUCGAGACCGCAACUCCGCAAACAAGGAACAGAAGAAUUUGAUUUGGAGGCGGAGGAUAAUUGGCAGCCAGCCCAAACAGCGAGCAGUAGCGCUGCUACACGAUCGGAGUCACGCGCUGGCGUACGACGCGAGCAGCGAGAGCAACCGGCUUAUACACACAGCAAUGGACGCAAUAAACCGAAAUUACGUCGCUCCGACCGUGAGCAAUAUGAUCGACCCUCUCGUCGCUCCAUGACACCCGUCUUGCAAGCCAGUCCCGAUGCACAGCCAGCCAAACCAAUGCCACGUACACCGACGCGUCUGCGCCAUCGCGUGACAUUAACAACACGCGCCGUUGCCAAUUUAAUGCGUGCCGGUAAUCCGCGCCAUAAGAGGCUCCAACGCAGCGGCACCGAAGAUUUUGAGAUCGAAGAAAGCGAUACCUAUGGUGCGCCGGCGCAAGACUCAGCUGCGGUCGCUGCCGCGCGUCGUACACCGCCACGCACUGCUCCGCCCCCACCACCACCGCCCGGCAUGAUGAACAGGUAUGGCAGCGUGCGCAGUGUACGUUGGAAUGCCGAGGAGGAUAUGGUCUUCGAAGAUGUCGAUUCGCCAAACCCAAUCUAUAUGAAUCAUCAGCAUAUGCGUUAAGAAGGUUGUGGCAGCGUUUGCUCGAAAGCUGUUCCACCUGCCUGGGUUACAAUUUAUUUGCCGUCACUGUAUGCACGAUAAUGCGUUCUUUUUUCGCUCGCGCGUUUAAUCGACGAUUUUUUUUCUACAAAAACAUCUAUAAAUUUCGUAUGCGUUUUUUUCGAUUCAAUUUUAUAGGUUUAAGAAAAAGUACAUAUUGCAUCUUUAGUAUUAAAACAAAAAAAACAGGUUAAGUAAAUUUGCAAAUAGUUUUGAGUAAGUCGUCUUCGGAAUAAAUUACUAUGUACUCUAAGCGAUUUAAAUUAAAGAGCAAUCAUUUCUUUUAAUCCCUGCAUAUUGUUUUCGAUAAAUCAGAAGAGCAAAUUAUUAAAUUUCGAAUGCAUCUUUUAGGCGCGUAUAACAUCGUAAAUCGUGUCAAAUAUUUCCCUACUCUUAUCAGGUAUCUUUUAACUAAUUUUCUAUUUUUGUAUAAUUUUGAAAAUAAAAAUUUCAGUUAUUUUAAUGUUAUAACCCUUAAACAGUAUAUCCCAAAAAAAUGUACACUGCUUUUAUUAAAAAACUUAAAUUUAUUAGUAAGUAGAUGGUAAACCCUUUCAGAAUUCCGAGCUUGAACGUCAGAAAAAAAGUAAUUUAACAUUAGUAUUUUUUUCUUUCA